GAGAUAGUUCUAUCCGAUCGCAAUCACCCUCAGCGAAGCGUACUCGUUUGUGCGCGUUUCCAAAUACCUUUACGGCCGAGCACCCACAGCGGGCCUGGCGAGCCUGGGCGGAGGCUCGCCCUCAGUCAAAUUGCAUUCCAAAUAGCACCCAGAAGGCGACCCAUUGCCCUAAUUCGCUUGGCUCCGCGGACUGUAAACCUUUCCAGGCCAAAAUCUAUACAAGAGAGGGAUGGUUGACAAGAAGGGCUGACUAACAUUGACAAUCACAAUCAAAGCACCUCGCCGAGUACGGUGGCUGGACAUCGUCUUUGAUGACAGGGGAGGAUGACAGUUUCACAAACGACAAGCCGAGGAAUCCCUGGAAGCCCUUCCGCAAUAGGCUCUAUCUGGCUUAAACGCAACGGCCGUGGCGGCGCGGUGUCCACUUCUUGCAUGACGUCUGACCUCUAACUGUCGCGCCCGUUAAGCAUGCGGACCGGGGUAGAAGUCAACCGAAUGACCUGGUAAUGCAAGCCACAUCCAUGAAUAAAGAUUGAUAGGAAAGGUUUGAUGUCUGGUAUACGAGGGCUCAGAGAAAAGUAUAUCAUGAGAACUCCCCUUCAUUUCAAUCCGAGUUUCUCCUCAUCAGCAGCGCUACUUCAGCAGCAAGAUAACUUCACAGACAGGUCGAGUACCUCUACAACACACCACCACUUCUCAGCUGCGCCUUCACGAUGUCUACCUCUAAAUCCGCUUCCUCCUUGAUUCCCGCUGACCCGGCGAAGGUCAUGGUCAUCCGGGAUGUCACUCCCAAUAUCACAACGCUCAGUGUACCUUUUCUGCGGUUCGGACACAUCAAGAUUGGCGGUCGGGCCACAUUGGUCAAGCUACAGACAGGCAAUGUAGCUGUCUUUUCUCCCGUUGCGCUCACACCGGACGUCAAGGCCAAAGUCACGUCCAUGGGUCCCAUCAAAUACAUCGUUGCGCCGGACUUCGAGCAUCACAUAUUCAUCUCUACCUGGGCCAAGGAAUACCCCGAAGCAGAAGUGAUUGGCAUGGAAGGACUGCCAGAGAAGAGAGAGGGAGAUCCGGCCACAAAAGGAACAAAAUUCGCACAUGUUUUCUCCGCGAAGAACAAGCUCGACAUGCAUGUCACUCCCGAAUUCGACACCGAGUUCUCGUACGAAUACUUCGACUCCCACACCAACAAGGAGCUCGUUUUUCUCCAUAAACCCAGCAGGACCUUGAUCGAGGCCGAUCUGCUCUUCAACCUCCCUGCCACCGAGCAAUACUCCAAAGCCGGAGCCCACCCGAAUUCCGGGCUCUUGACCAAGCUCUUUACAGGUAUUAUGAACACCAAGGGUGAUAUGACCUGGCAAAAACGCUUUCUCUGGUACGCAGCUGCCGGGAAAGACAGGAAGGGCUUUGCGGAGUCGGCCAAGAGAAUCAAGCAAUGGGACUAUGACAGAGUCAUUCCUUGUCAUGGGGAUGUUAUCGAGACUGGCGGAAAGGCGAUUGUCGACAGGGCGACUGCGUGGUUUACGGAGGGCAAGCAUUGAUCAGCAAUGGUGGAAGGUGGUGUCAAUAUUCAGGUGGGGUUUUUGAUUCACUUAUUACUUUUGCGGCUCAGAGAUACCAUUUUAGCUUGUUUGCAUCCUCUAGUUCAAUAAUUAUUGGUGUUCAACGAACUGUGUGCUACGUUACACGCCUAUGCCAGAACGUAUAUCCAACCUGUUGAUCACUUGGUGAGAAAAUGAACAAGAUGAGCAACAGUGACGCCUAGAGGUGAAGCUGCGGAUUGC